ACAACGACAGUGCAGACAGCUGCGCUUUGAAUGGAGCAAAACCCACUGGAGUUAUUUAAUUCACUGCUCUGUGUGGAUCUUUUGCAACAGCAUGGAUCCGUCAGAGUCACAGGGGGCGGAUGCUGCCGGACCCGGUCCAGAACAGAGCCCCAAACCCGAGCUUUCUGCAGCGAUGCGGGCUAAAAUCGAGCGGAACCGGCAGCAGGCGUUGAUGCUCCGGCAAGCCCGACUGGCGAGCCGCCCUCUGUCCGCCGUGGAGGGCGCAACUUCGGCCAAAGUGUCCAAGACCAUCGACUCCGGAGCCGGCUUCUUCAUCGAGGACGAGGAGGACGGAGAGGAAGAGCAGAGGACCAGGAAGGUUGUGCAUCCGCCAGCUCCAGUGAUCGAGCCGGAAUACCUGGUGUGUGAUGAUUGUCAAAAGCCCUUUAUGGACUCGUACCUCAGUAACAGCUUUGACCUGUCUGUGUGUGACAAGUGCAGAGACAACGACGAGAAACAUAAGCUGAUCUCCAGAACUGAGGCCAAGCAGCAGUACCUGCUGAAGGACUGUGACCUGGACAAGAGAGAGCCUCCGCUCAGGUUCAUACUGAAGAAAAACCCUCAUAACCCUCGCUGGGGAGACAUGAAGCUCUACCUCAAACUGCAGGUGGAGAAGAGAUGUAUGGAGGUGUGGGGUUCGGAGGAGGCCCUGGAGGAGGCCAAAGAGACGCGGGAAGAGAACAAAGAGGUGCAGAAACAAAAGCGCUUCAACAAGAAGGUCAAAGAGCUGCGCAGGGCGGUGAGGAGCAGUAUGUGGACAAAAGACACCAGUGCUCACCAGCAUCAGUACGGACCGGAGGAGGUGGUGGAUCCAGAGGAGGAUCUCUACAAGAAAACUUGCACCACCUGUGGACAUGAGCUCACCUACGAGAAGAUGUAGGCACACACACACACCCACCAACACCAACACAACAAAGAGUACAAAGAGAUGAUAUCUCUCACAGACCCUGGACCCCUCCAGCUGUAUUCCUUUUUUCUACUGGUAUUUAUUAAUGAUACAGGUCCUGGUCACGUUCAAGGGGCCACAUUUACUUACUGACCUCAGCUUCAACUGGAGUAUAUUAUUAGCCUUUUUAAUCAACUCCCUAUUGCUACACUUCCUGUUUCUUUUGAAGCAUUAAGAGGUUCCCUCUGGAAAUGGGCAAAUCGAGGAACUGAAACUUGAAAAUACCGUCUUGCAUAAUACAGCGAAUUGUGGUGCUGCUUAAUGACUGAACAGAAAGGACCAGUAAGAAUAAAACAUUGCUGCCUUCUAGAAAAAUAGUGAGUUUUGAGAAGUGAUUGGUCCAUCUUUUUGCUUGCAGACACAGAUUCAUCACUGGUACAUGUGAUGUGUUCACUGUUAUCAUGUCAGGUGCUAAGCUUCACUUUUCAUCACCUUUGCAGCUUUAUUUCACUCAGCAGCAUUAGAUUACAUGUCAUAUUUCAUUGUACAUUAAUAGAUUCACAAACUAUUGUUAUUGAGGAUGAUUAUCUAUCAUUAUUCACACCAUAACAUCUCUUCUUCUUAAGUAAUGUUUGAUAUUUGGUCUCAGCUGUCAGGAGACAAGCUGUCAAUGUCAAAAUAAUCAUGCUUCUAUUUAAAUUACAGUAAGACUGAGAAUAAUAUCUUUGUAAAAUGAAUUUGUAUGUCAUGUAAAAGUUCUGUCUGUCUGUUUUUGAAUCUACCAUUCAUCAGAACUGUUAAAAUAAAUUUUGUAUUUUCAGA